GUUAUUGCUUAGACUCACCUAGUAAAAUUAAAAAAGCAAUCGACACCAAUGUGAUUUGCCAACCACGGACACAUCUGUUUAUUGCCAACAUAAUAAUAAUAUUAUUAUAUUAGAUCUAUAGAUCUAGUCUAGAUGUAAUCUAUAAAUGAUAAAGGUAGAUUCUAAAUCUAUCUAAAUCGUCUCUAAUUCUAGUCAAACUAGCCACACUUCAACACCAGACAUUUCCAGAUCAACAUGGUUAAAGAACAGUUUCGUGAAACAGAUCUGGCUAAAAAGAUUAGUCAUGUGACUUUUGGUUCCAUGAGCCCUGAGCAGAUCCAGAGAGCCAGUCAUAUUCAUGUUGUGAAUAAAACUUUAUACAGUCAAGAUGCAAGAAAUAAACCCUGUCCUAAUGGGGUGCUGGAUCACAGAAUGGGAACCAGUGAAAAAGAAAACAGCUGUGAAACCUGUGGCAAAGUCUUAGCGGACUGUGUUGGGCACUUUGGUUACAUUGAUUUAGAACUUCCAGUUUACCAUGUCGGUCACUUCCGUACCAUAAUCACAGUUUUACAAAUGAUCUGCAAGUCCUGCAGCUCCAUAUUGCUGAAUGAAGAACAGAAGGAGUCUUUUCAUCGAGCCAUCAAAAAGCCUGGACUAACAUAUUUACAGAAAAAGGCGUUAAGGAAACGUAUUUAUGACACAUGUAGAAAAUUGAAAACAUGUCUUGUCUGUGGAGAUCAUAAUGGAAUGGUCAAGAAAGUGGGUCUUUUCAGGAUCGCACAUGACAGAUCCCAACAGGGUCGCAAGUCUGAAGCAAUACUGAAGGAGAGGGUGGAUGCCUUUGACUUAGCUGUGAAAGCCAACGCUGAGAUUGCUAACUUGAUGAGUAAAAAUUAUGAUGUCCUGAACCCCCUGAUAGUUCAUGAGCUGUUCAAGAGGAUCAAAGAACUCGAUGUCCCCUUGCUCUUAAUGAAUUCUGAGGUGGGAAGGCCAGAGGAUCUGAUCCUGACUAGGAUUUUUGUACCUCCUAUCUGCAUUCGGCCAUCUGUAGUGUCUGAUUUAAAGUCUGGCACCAAUGAAGAUGACAUCACCAUGAAGUUAACAGAGAUCAUGAUGGUGAAUGAGAUCAUACAGAGGCUGAGAUCCACUGGGGCCAAGAUGCAGAUGUACAUGGAGGACUGGGACUAUGUACAGCUUCAUGUUGCCUUAUUAUAUAAUUCUGAAACCUCUGGGAUCCCUCUGAGUAUGCAGCCUAAGAAAAAGACUAGAGGAUUUGUCCAGAGGCUCAAAGGUAAACAGGGAAGGUUUCGAGGGAACCUUUCUGGCAAACGUGUGGAUUUCUCUGCAAGAACUGUGAUAUCCCCCGACCCAAACAUGCGCAUAGAUCAGGUGGCAGUACCUGUUCAUGUGGCUAAAACUAUGACCUAUCCAGAGAGAGUGUGUGCUGCUAAUCUUGCUUUAAUGCAAAAGCUUGUCAGGAAUGGAUGUGAUGUUCAUCCAGGGGCUAACUUUAUCAAAAUUCAUUCUACUGGUGAGCGCAAGUUUCUGCGCUAUGGCAACCGUAACCACAUAGCCAACAGCCUGAGGUAUGGAGAUGUUGUGGAGAGACACAUGAUGGACGGUGAUGUGGUUUUGUUCAACCGACAGCCAUCUUUACACAAGCUCAGUAUUCAGGCUUUUUAUGCCAAGGUCAUGCCAAAUAGAACUUUUAGAUUUAACGAGUGCUGCUGUGGGCCAUUCGGAGCUGAUUUUGAUGGUGAUGAGAUGAACCUUCACCUUCCUCAGACUGAAGAGGCCAAGGCAGAGGCCAUCACCUUGAUGGGGUCAAAGUCCAACAUCAUCACGCCCAGAAAUGGAGAACCCUUGAUAGCUGCCAUUCAGGACUUUAUUACAGGUGCCUAUUUGAUGACCCAGAAAGAUGUCUUCUUUGAUCGUAACAGAGCCUGUCAGUUGAUUGCCUCCAUGCUUGUGGGUAAAGAGGCCACUAUGAAGAUUGAUCUGCCUCCACCAGCCAUAUGGAAACCUUGUCAGCUUUGGACAGGGAAGCAAGUUUUUUCUCUCUUGAUGAAACCAAAUAAAGAGUGUCCAGUAAAGAUCAACCAGCGAAUGAAAGGCAAGAACUAUACUAAAAAUGAGGAUCUUUGCACCAAUGACUCGUUCAUUGUUAUCCACAAUAGUGAGAUCAUGUGUGGAUACAUGGAUAAAGCCACACUGGGCUCUGGCUCCAAGCAGACCAUUUUCUAUUUGAUUCUUCGAGACUAUGGAGAGCAGGCUGGGGCUGAUGCAAUGUCAAGACUGGCCAGAUUGAGCCCAGCGUUCCUAUCCCAUCAUGGCUUCUCCAUAGGGAUUGGUGAUGUCACACCUGGUGAAGGUUUGAUCAAGAAGAAGGAGGUCUUGUUAAAUACAGGCUAUUCCACUUGUGAUGGCUACAUCCGAGAUCUUGAAGAAGGCAGGCUGCAGCCUCAGCCUGGUUGCACUGAAGAUGAAACAUUGGAGGCUAAGAUUUUAAAAGAAUUGUCUGUUAUUCGAGACCAUGCCGGGGAUGUCUGCUUUAAAGAGCUGCAUAAGACCAACAGCCCUUUGAACAUGGCUAUCUGUGGCUCUAAAGGCUCUUUCAUCAACAUCUCCCAGAUGAUUGCCUGCGUGGGGCAGCAGGCUAUUAGUGGUACGAGGGUACCAAACGGGUUUGAAGACAGAGCCUUACCUCACUUCCCAAGAUUCUCUAAAGACCCAGCUGCUCGUGGCUUUGUAUCAAACAGUUUCUACACAGGUCUGACUCCUACAGAGUUUUUCUUCCACACCAUGGCUGGACGUGAAGGCCUUGUGGACACAGCUGUGAAAACUGCUGAGACUGGCUACAUGCAGAGGCGACUGGUCAAAUCACUGGAAGACUUGUGUUUACAGUAUGACUCCACAGUCAGGACCUCAGUGGGAGAGGUUGUGCAGUUUAUAUAUGGAGAAGACAGUCUUGACCCAGCUGCCAUGGAGGGCAAUGAUCAACCUGUCGCUUAUGGUCGUCUAAUGGUCCACGUUAAGGCCAACUUGGCCUCUCAGUGCAGGCAUGAGCCAUCCCUAACUGGACAGGAGGUUUUGGAUCAAGUAAAAACUAUUUUGGAGCAGCCUGAGUGGGAGAAAGUGAGCUCAAGGCUGAAAGAGGACUUGAACAGUUUUUUUCAAGAUCAGGCCAAGAAAAUUGAUCAAGCCCAUUCUGUACUCAAGGUGGGCAUGUUCAGUAAACAAUCUCACAAUGUGCUGAGCCAAGUUGAGCGUCUAACUAGGUCACAGGUGAGCAAAUACCUGGAGAUAUCACUGGAUAAGUACAACAGGGCCCUCAUUGAGCCAGGUGAGGCUGUUGGGGCCAUUUGCGCUCAGUCCAUCGGUGAACCAGGCACGCAGAUGACCCUGAAGACCUUUCACUUUGCGGGUGUGGCCAGUAUGAACAUCACUCAGGGCGUCCCCCGCAUCAAAGAGAUCAUCAACGCCAGCAAAACUAUCUCCACACCCAUCAUCACCGCCAAGCUGGAGAACAGCCUCGACGAGGAGUUUGCAAGGCUGGUGAAGGGCAGGAUCGAGCGCACCACCUUGGGGGAGAUUUCUGAGUACCUGGAGGAGGUGUACAUUCCAGAUGACUGCUUCGUACUAGUCAAGCUUGACCUAAACAGGAUCCGUCUCUUGAAGUUGGAGGUCAGUCCAGAGACCAUUGCGGCAUCCAUUGUAGCCUCAAAGCUGAAAGUGAAUUACCCUGAUAUUAAGAUUCACAGUGAGGCUGUGUUCUCUGUCUCCGCCAAUGCCUCAUCUAAAGUUUCAAUGUACUACAGGCUGCAAGCACUUAAGAAAUCACUGCCAGAUAUCACAGUCAGGGGAAUCCCCUCUGUGACAAGGGCAGUAAUUCACAAGAGUGACAAGUCCGGGAAAUACAAACUGCUUAUUGAGGGGGAUAACCUCAUUGGGGUCAUGGGAACACAGGGCGUCCUGGGGGCAAAGUGCAAGUCCAACAACACCCACGAAGUCUGGCAAACUCUAGGCAUUGAGGCCGCUCGCAGCACCAUCAUGAAAGAGGUCACUGUCACCAUGAAGAGCCACGGCAUGAGCAUCGACGCCAGACACACCAUGCUCCUUGCUGAUUUGAUGACCUACCGUGGCGAGGUGCUAGGAAUCACCCGCUACGGCCUGGCCAAGAUGAAAGAGUCUGUCCUCAUGCUGGCCUCCUUUGAGAAAACAGCUGAGCAUCUCUUCCAGGCGGCUUAUUUCGGCCAGCGUGACGCCAUCUGUGGUGUCAGUGAGUGUAUCAUCAUGGGUAUCCCCAUGAACCUUGGCACUGGCAUCUUCAAACUUCUCUAUAAAGCAGAGAACCCCCCCACAAUCUACUCACGCCCUGUACUUCUUGACUUUCACACUCCUGAGUACUCACUGGACCCAUCCUAGCAAGUCCAAUUUAAAGUUAAAUAAAGAUUUGAAUUUCAAAUUGAAAUGGUUACAAAUGUCUGAAAUGAUGAUUCUGUUAUUAUUAUUUUUGCAUAUUUAAUAAAAUAUGUUAAAAUUGUUUUUAUGUAUUAAAAAAAUUAUUUUAAAUAGUUUUUUGUAUUUGCUUUGUCUUAUUAACAAUGUCUCUUUUACACUGAGCACCCUAAAUUGAAAAGACCUAUUUGAAUAUUUUUUGUCCAGAAAAAUAAUUUCAGCGUUGUCAGUGAUGUAUUAAAAGUGGAAUUAAGAAUGAUGUAUCUCAUUAAUGGGGAGAUAACUUAUGCUCAUUUUUUUUGUUUGUAUUUUAUAAUUUAAAAAAAUGAUAUUUCUUGUUAGCCAGCCACUUGAUUGCACUGACCAAUAUAAACUUUGUCACUUUACAUUUCAUAUAUGUCAGUGUUAUGGCUUACUGAAGCUAUUGAAUGCUUUCAUGCAAUCACAAAAAAACAAAGGCUAGUACAGUUUGGAGCAGUGAAAUAACAAGACUUUAAGAACCAUGAAUUAAAAAAUGACAUUUAAUGGCAUAAAAAUAAAUAACAUCAAACUGGCAUUGAUCAAGUUGUGAUUAAAAUAGUUCAUGACCCAGACAUUGACAUUUUCUCUCAUGUUACAUUUACCACAUUGAGUAGAUACUUUCAAAAAUAAUUGUUUUACUAGGGGACUCGAAAUAUAAAAUUAAUUUUUUUUUAAAUGUUUGAACAUCACCUGAGCUUUGUUGCACGGCUAUUACAGUUCAAUGCAUUGCUGAGGGUCUAGAGCAGGGGGUUCUCAACCUGUGGGUCGUGACCCCCUUGGGGGUAGAUUGACGAUUUGCCAGGGGUCGCCUGAGACCAUCGAAAAUAUGGACUGUUAUUGUCUAUUCUUCUAGUGCUAUAUGUGUGUGUAUGGGGGGAGGGUCGCGGAAGAGUGAGGGGUCAUAAAAAGGGGUCGCCGAGCAUAAAAGAUUGAGAACCGCUGGUCUAGAGCUUCUAUGCAAACUAAAGCUACCAGUAUUUCCUUUUUUAAUUUAUCUUGAGUGCCUUCUCCAGCGCCUUUGGGUUAAAGGAAAACCACUUUGAUGGCUCCCUUCAUGAAUGUUAUGUGGACUAAUACAACAAUGGAAUCUUCACAUUGCUAAGUAAAAAGCCAGUUGGGAAGCACUAGAGUUUACACAAGAAACACAAACUUACAAUUGAGAGACAAAAGAAAAUCACCUCACCAAAU